CCCGUGAUGGACAGGUGUCCACUGUGUACCCUGCCUUGCGCCCGCUGCUUGCCGGGAUAGGCUCCGGCUCUCCCGCGACCAUGAAUGGGAUGAAACGGGUAGAAAACGGAAGGUCGUUGGCCGGAGGCGGCUUCUGUUUCCUUAGCUGACCGCAUGAGCCAGCCAGCUGUGGAGUGGGGUUUGACAGCGGCGCAUGGAAACCGCGACGGGAAUAUCAAAUACCUACCAGCGCAACAGCAUCAGUACCAGCGCAUAUCGAAUUAUACAUUGCACUGUCCCGAAACUUGACUGGUGACCUCAACAUGUAAAAAGGAUCUUUUAUCCAGGAAUUCACUAGAAUGUCAGCGCUGAAGAAGGUGUUGCCUAGAAUUCUGCAGAAGCAUUGCUGUAUUUUACCUGACAGGAAUACAGGAUCACAAGAACAAAUUUUGGCUCCUAUCCAAAAAGAACUGACUCCUUUGCUUGCUGAAUCACAGUGUACACUGUGUGGUGAGCCCGAAGACCAGCAAUAUUCAUGGUCACCAUCUCAGCACUUCAAUGAGGACAGAUACUCUCCUACACCAAGGAACAUGAAGGGUUUAUCUGGCAGCCGAACACAGCCCCAGAUCACAUCAGGACACACUUGUGGCUUAGCGGAGUGCGAACAUUCUCAUGACCACCUUCAUCAUGGCCAAGAUUCUCGGCAAUCCUAUCUGCUCAGCCCUUCAGACAGCUGCCAAAUGGACCAUCACCGUUGUUCCCCGCGCAGCUCCAUCCACUCGGAAUGCAUGAUGAUUCCCACAAUAAUGGGCGACCACGUCUCCAGCAGCACUUUCCCCAGAAUGCACUACAGCUCUCAUUACGACACGAGGGACGACUGCGCCAUGUCGCACGCCAGCAGCAAAAUCAACCGCAUCCCAGCCAAUCUCUUAGAUCAGUUUGAAAAGCAGCUGCCUCUCCACAGGGAUGGCUUCCACACCUUGCAGUACCAGAGGACCUCCACAACCGAGCAGCGCAGUGAGAGCCCGGGCCGAAUACGCCACCUCGUCCACUCGGUGCAGAAGCUCUUCACAAAGUCCCACUCUUUGGAGGGGUCUUCCAAAAGCAACAUGAACGGGACGAAAGGAGACAGCAGGAGUGACAGCCAUCACCACAGCCACCACUCCAAACACAGCAAGAGGAGUAAAAGCAAGGAGAGGAAGCCAGACUCCAAGCACCGGUCAGGGAUGACAGGCUGGUGGAGCUCUGAUGACAAUCUGGACAGUGACAGCACUUAUAGGACACCCAGCGUCAUGAGUCGGCACCACGUUGACCACAUCACUCAUUGUUACCCCGAGUCUAUACAGGGCCACUUUGGAGACCUCACACUAAAGACUUCCAAAAGCAACAAUGACGUGAAGUGCUCUGCUUGUGAAGGGCUGGCCAUGGCCCCAGAGGGAAAGUUCAUGAAAAGGAGCUCAUGGUCCACCCUCACUGUCAGCCAAGCCAAGGAAGCAUAUCGGAAGUCCUCUCUAAAUUUGGAAAAGCCAAUGGUGCAUCAGGAUAUUAAAACCCCCUUGAGGCCAUGCCACUACCUACAGGUGCCUCAGGACGAGUGGGGAGGGUACCCAGGGAUUAACAAGGAUGAGGAAAUCCCUUGCAGGAGAAUGCGGAGUGGGAGUUAUAUCAAAGCCAUGGGAGAUGAUGAAAGUGGAGAAUCGGACACCAGCCCAAAAACAUCACCAAAGGCAGCCAUCCGCCCCGAUGCCCUUGUCAAAUCUGUGGUGCCGAGACCGCUUUUUGACCCCCAAAGUCAGAGCUACCACUUGCAAGCUGCAAGAGACAUGCAUCCCAGUGUCAGCCUGGAUCCGACAGCCAACUAUAACUCCCCCAAGUUUCGUUCCAGGAAUCAGAGCUACAUGAGAGCAGUCAGCACCCUCAGUCAGGCAAGCUGUGUUAGUCAGGUGAGUGAGACUGAGAUCAAUGGCCAGUUUGAAUCAGUUUGCGAGUCCGUUUUUAGUGAAGUAGAAUCCCAGGCUAUGGAUGCCUUGGACCUGCCUGGCUGUUUCCGCACUCGAAGCCACAGUUACCUGCGUGCUAUUCAGGCUGGUUAUUCCCAAGAUGACGACUGCAUUCCUUCAAUGACAUCUUCCACAGUCACCUCAACUAUCAGAUCCACAACAGGCGCCCGUAGCUUAGCUGGUGGGCGUAAAAUGUACGGAAUCCAGUUCCGACUUCCCUCUGCCUGUAAUCUGGAUCGGACGCCUCAGCAGCCUGCAGCUGUGACGUACACUCCCAGCUACAAAAAGACGCCUCCACCUGUCCCACCCAGGACAACUUCCAAGCCCCUCAUCUCGGUUACGGCGCAAAGCAGCACCGAAUCCACGCAAGACGCCUACCACGACAGCAGGCUCCCACGGGGAGGUCUGUGGCCCCAGGAUGGCAGGGGACUGUACAACUCCACAGACAGCCUCGACAGCACCAAAGCCGUCACCCUCGCCAUGGAAACAGCAGCUGGCAAGCGCCAUGCGUCCACCGAUAGCCACACAUCUGUCAUCACCUGCGACAAGGCCGUCCUGGUGUCCAAAGCAGAGGAAUAUCUGAAGAGCCGGCGGUCCUCCAUAGGGAUUCAGGUGGAAACAGCAACUGAUUCGGAAUCUGAAAGCAGAGGCCUUCGGGAAUAUCAUUCUGUCGGAGUGCAAGUGGAAGAUGAGAAGCGACACGGAAGAUUUAAGCGUUCCAACAGUGUCACCGCUGCCGUCCAGGCCGACCUGGAACUGGAGGGAUUCCCCGUCACCAUGGAGGAUAAGGGGCUUCAGUUUGGGGGGUCGUUUCAGCGCCAUUCUGAACCCAGCACACCUACACAAUAUGGUGCUGUACGGACUGUAAGAACGCAGGGCCUUUUCAGCUACAGAGAGGACUAUCGGACGCCCAUCGAGCCCCCCACCCCACAGCCGGAGCCGUGGCUGGUGGAGGCUGCUCACGAGGUGGGCGAAACAGGCCGGAUGUCACCUUGUCGGCGGGAUGGCAGCUGGUUUAUGCAGCUGCUACACGCCGAGACCAAGAGGAUGGAGGGCUGGUGCAAGGAGAUGGAGAGGGAGGCCGAGGAGAACGAUCUCUCAGAGGACAUCCUAGGUAAAAUCCGGAGUGCCGUAGGCAGUGCUCAGCUCCUUAUGUCUCAGAAAUUCCAGCAGUUUUACUGGCUGUGUCAGCAGAACCUGGAUCCCAGUGCAAUGCCCAGACCGACCUCUCAAGAUCUAGCAGGAUUCUGGGACCUUUUGCAGCUUUCCAUUGAUGAUGUCAGUAUGAAGUUUGACGAGCUACAGCAAAUCAAGAACAACGCCUGGAGACCCAUCGAAAGUCCAGAAAAGAAGGAAGAGAAGAAAUUGCCCCCUCCAGUACCAAAGAAGCCCCCAAAAGGUAAACCAGGUGUCACGCGAGAAAAGUCCCUGGAUCUUCCAGACAGACAGCGACAGGAAGCCAGAAGAAGACUGAUGGCAGCCAAGCGGGCAGCUUCCUUCAGGCAGAACUCUGCUACCGAGAGAGCUGACAGCAUCGAGAUUUACAUCCCAGAGGCCCAGACCAGACUUUAGGACAAAGGAUACAUCAGCAUUUCCCGUCUGUUAACCAUACUUUAUCAGUUCCAAACCUUGUCAUUGUAUGUACUGUAUAUCAGGUUUGUGUCAUUGUAUCCAGUGUAAUUGAGAAAUCGCAUUACUUUAGAAUACGUUCAGUUACCCAGAAAUAUACACAAUACGUAGCUGCUGGUUUUCUCCUUUCAAGGAGCAAAAUUGCACCUGCCUUUGAAAAGGGAAGUGAUACUUUUUUUUUUAGUUUAACGGCAGUACCUUUAAAAUUGUAAACAUCUGUUGUAGCUUUCCAGUGCUGAUUUAGAUUAAUCUACAGGGGUGUCUGCAUUUUUCAACAUUUUCAAAAUGAAUCACAAAGUGCAACUUUCUUAGAAUUCCACCAGCAACAGUGAUCUUGGGCUAAUGCGUAAGCGAAAUACGCAACCAGUUUGAGGUCUCAGUGGUAGCACAGAGGUGAUGACCCUGUUCACAGGUUUGAAAUCCGUUUUGACAGAAAUAUUUUGAUUUAUUGUUUGAUUGUUAUGAUUAUUGAUUUUAAAGCUUGUUUGACGGUGUCCUUCUAAGAAUACCAGGUCAAUCAAGUAAUACUUUUGAAAGUGCCAAUGCUUGAAAUACCUCAAUCGUGCAUGAUGUACUGUAGUUAAAAGCUGAGUGUGCAGUCAUCACUUCUGAGAUGUAGAUGGGCUACCUCUCUGUGAGCUAUGCUUUGUCAGUGUUGGAAAAUGUUGAAAAUAAUGGCUCUACACCCAACAGAUUUCUUUUAAGUAGACAGGCAUUUGUUCACACUGUUGUAUAGUGGGAACUGAAAAAAAGGCUGAAAUGUUAGGUUGACUUUCAGACAGCCAGUCACCCUCACCCACUUCAGUAUUUUCAACAUUUCUACGGGAUCGUGUAAAUUAUGAAACAUGCCAAUAAUAUUGUGCCAACUUAAAAAAAAAGGAUUAAAAGGAUUUUUUUUUUCUUUCCAACUUUUUAUGCAUUAGUCCGUUCCAGAAACUAAGCAUUAUAUUUUUAGAAAGCAAUGAUUUCUGGUCAAGGUCAUAAACUGCUUAGUUCUGGAAGUCAAAUGUACAAUACAGAAUAGUGCAUUUUUGCAACUAAGAAUUUUCAUGUGUGUAUUUCCAAGGGAAAUGUAGGUUAUGACGAUCACUAAAUAGCAUGGCAAUUGAAUUGCAAGGGUACAUAUGAAGGAUUUUCUUUUUCCAUUGUGCAGUCAAACAUCAUUCCCCAAGACCCUGCAUUUGUAGCAUAUAAAUAAUUAGACAUAUAUUAAAUUGCUCGAAUAUUUUCUUAAAAAAUUGUUUGGACGUUUCUCUGUAUCACCCUUUAUUUAAUGAGUGUCUUCUUGCAACAUCUGAUAGGCAAGGGUGCAUCUUAUCCAUUAUGGCAAUCUGGCGACUAUUCAAGAAACAUUGGGCACAAGGACGGACAGGGUACAUAUUAGCCCAUUACAAAACAUAUUUAAUUUAGAUGAUACAGUACACGCCUACAUUUAAACGUAUUUGUUAUUUUGUGCAAUUUGGAUUUUCGUAUUUGCACCACUCUAGCCCGUGAAAAUGAUUUCUCUGGCUCUGUCGGACUGAUUAACGCAUCACAUAAAAAUGUCAGAAUCAAACAGGUGUCAGAUCGAAACAGGUGCUAAAAAAGGAAAGAGAAAACCAAGUGUAGCAGAUUAGAUGGUUUCUGUUUGAUAGAAACUGGAGGGAGAAAAGGAAUUUUGAAUUUUAUUUAAAUGGAAAGAAAAUUAAACAAUGCAAAGCACAUAGUAUUUUUUAAUCAUCUAUUUUGAUCAUUGAGCAAGGAAUGUAUGAUUUAUUGUCAGUGGCAUUUAGAACAGUGUUCUGUAAUGUUAAAAAUAGCAAGUCUUAGUACUGAUUAACUGCACCACACUAAACUUGUUCGUUAAUCCAGGCCAUACCAGACAGCUGCAGGGUACAUAUACUGUACGCACACUCCCAAGAGUAAGGGAAAAAAUCGAUUCAGCUUACUGUGCCACAGGGACCGAUACCGGGCAUAUGCCCACUGAAAAUUAGUUCUGUCCGCCAUGUGUUUAAAGUUUGUCAAAGUUGUGUUCACUUUGUAUGUAUGUUGCAAAGAUGAGGGAAAGUUGAAAUCAGUGUCUGUGUUCAAGAAGAAAAACUGAAAUAAAUUCAAAAGGUUACUUAAAAGAUAUUUUGCAGUCUAUAACAGUUCAAUUAAUUUCAAUCCUGACUAUAUUUAUUUAAAUUGACAUUCUGUCUACAUUGUAAAAUAGAAGUUACACAGUAAUAAGAGUGUAGUCAUGGUAUUAAUAACAGGUAGCUAUCCUGGGAUCACAAAUGUAAUUAUUUUAUAAACUUACAUCCUGGCUCCAUAUACUGUAUAUUGCUGUGCAAAAGUCUUGGAUACCUUCAACAGUUACUGUACAAUAUACGUAUGUCAUAAGAAUCAACAAUGUAUUCAGAGUUUUCAACCAUCUACUACUAAUUACUAAUAGAAUUAACAGCUUAGUUUGGAUGAGAAGAGGAACAUUUCAUGGAAGAAGUCUUCAUUCACAUUAAUUGGAAUCUUCAACGCUUGAUCACAAUAAAUCAAGUACAACUCUGCACUUGAGCUGCCAAUAUGUAGUGUUGUAGUUGUCUGUCACAUUUACCAUCAAAUCUCAUUGACUUAUUGACAGGCGUUCCUCAUCAUUAACACCAUUUAUACUUAUACUUUCUAUAAAAUCUCUCUAUACUUCCAAAAAAUCAAAAAGUUUAUUUUGGAUUACAAUAUACAUACAAAAUUUCAGUACAAAAUCACCAUUAAAUAGUGCAUAAAGAAGGAAAAUAUCAAGUGGAAUGAGCCAAACCACGCAACAUUUCUGAGAGGUUUGCACAGCAGUAAAUGUUUCACUUUUUGAGUGGUGAUAGCAUUAGCUUGAGCUUUUGGCACCUUUCAAGACUCACAGACUACACAUACUGUAUACAGUACAGUAUUUUAUGCAUAUAUGAUUCUUUUAUCUGAAUAUAAUGCCUUUAAAGGGGAACUGCAGUCCCAAUUUCUCAGAUCGCUUAUUAAAUCUUGGUAACAAAACAAAUUAAUUGAUAGAAUCACAAAAUUUUACCAAUUUUGAAUUAAGAUUAAAAUCGGAGACUAUGUGAAAGUACUGUCUGAUUGCCAUGUUGUUGCAGGCAGACAAGAAACCGCCGGUCUUGCCAAGGGUGAGGGUGAGAUUUGUGCGAAUUGUGACGUGAAAGCAACCCUUCCUGCUCACUAGUCACUGUGAGCAAAUGAGAAACAUGGGCUCCUAACAAUGUUAAUUAUUUUGAGUGUAUUUUAGUUGGAUAGCAGGUUGAUCUUUUUUUUGCAAUACUUAAAAAGGUAUUUCAAAAACAUGCCACCUUACAUGAGCAAGUUUCAUGUAAUUUACAAUGUAAGUUUCAUGAAAACAUUUACUAUUAAUUUCAUAGCAUUUUUACAAUGUAAUACGGCCUCUUUCACGUCACCAGAGGUUUUUUGUUCCUCAUUCUGAAUUGCAGAUAAUGACAGCAAUAUGGCGCAAUGCAUACAUUGAAACUUGGUGUCUUUUGUGAUGUAAAUUUAGCUGUUGUACACGUUACUGUGUACUUCGUAGUUUCAUUGUGGUUUGAAAUCCAUUCCUUAUUGCGGAUUCAUUAUAACCCUGAAAUGUAAAAAUAGCAUUGCAGUUCCCCUUUAAACUGAAUUAUCAUUUAUGUGUUUAGAGCUAUUUCAUGAUCUAUUUAGAAUUAGUACAAACAUUUUGUUGAAUAUUAUAUGUAUGUAAUGCAUUUAAUACACUCUUUCUACAGUGUAACUAUAGUAAUCUGUAGUUUUUAAGUGCAUUUGACAUUUAUAAAUAUCACCAUUUUCAGUUAUAUGACUAGUACCCAUGCAGUGCUUUCUCUAAAUUUUGCAUUUGUGUUGAACCAGUUUUUAGUUAUCGUCAGUGAAAAAUCUUCGUAAAUAAUCUCUUACUAGGCGAUUUUAGAAGGAGACCCAAUAAAUGCAUUUUAUCUGAAGGUAUAUAAAUACUGUAAUUUAGUUUGGAGUUGAUGUUUUACAUUUUUCAGGCAAUAUGAAUCAUAUUUUAUGUUAAUAAAGCUGUAUCUGUUUAAUUCUUAAGUUUUUAAGAUGGUGUUUAGAUAGUGUAACCUCUUUUUCCUAUUCCAGACUACUGUGGUCUGAGUACCAAACUUUAAUUAUUAAUUUGAUUUUUCUUGAAUUUUGUAUUGGGAUUUUGUUUUUUUAGUCCUUUACAUAUAAGUGGUUCAAAAGAUAGACAGAGGUUGUGUUUGGACUAAUAGUUUGUGAAAAGGUGAAGUUAUUUUUUACAAAAGGCAGCAAUGCUCUGUAGAUUGUUGGACUGUGUAUUGCUGAGAAUUUCUUUCAUGAAGAAAGAUUAGUGGUUUGUGAUCCGCAUGGUUUUCUUUAAUGAUGUCAUGUUCACACAGUAAACUAAACAACAGGGUACGUCAAUGCUAGAAUACAUGGCCCAGGAAACCAGUAAUAGUUUUGUCAAUGCUGGUAUUUGUACAUAAAAAAAUUCAGUUUAUAGUGCAUAAGCCUUGGACCUACGAUAUGCUUGCAGAAAGAACAAAUAGCCAGAACUCUUGUAACCUACCAUUCAUAAACAGUCACAUGUUCUCUGUUGUUAUUCAUAUAGUUGGUGUGAAAUCUUUAGAUUUUGCAUCAGUAGAGCUGAUUCAAGAUUACAGUUUUGCAUCAUUUAUCCACGGUUUUGAACUAAAGGUUGAUGAUGGGAUAUUGAAUAGAAUAUAUAAAUAGGACAGAUUACCAUUUGUCAAACUGAGAGACAUGAAUUUUUGAAAGUCCUUAUCUUUACCCAGGCUUAAAAAAUAUACAGUAUCAAUCAUUACAAUUUUAUCUAACAUGAUUCCUUUGAGUUUAAAUUCUUAAAAAGGGGAUGUUUUAACACAGGCAGUCUCAAAGAAAGUCAACCUCUCUUUGUAAAUGAACCUCGAUAGAUUUAUUGUGCCAUACAGCCUUAAACAAAUUUUGAAGAAAAAUUGCACAUGAAUGUACAGCCUAUUCAGUUGCAAAAAAUAAUCUAUAUACAGUAUAUAAAAUCAAUAAAAGCUUUUGUGAGCAUAAACAAAAUUUCACCUUUUGUUUUUCUGACCCAUGUUCUAGGGGAAAGUGAGAAUGUAUGCCUUAUAAGUAUGGCAUGGAAGAAUAUUUAAAAUGCAAGUUUUCCAAAUGUAGAAAUUGUGAAAACUAGAGUGAAAUUUGUUACGUUAUCAAAAGAUAUAAUCAACGACUGUUCCACAGGUUUAUUUAACUGGUGCUCCAAAAAGCUUUUAAAAUGAAAAAAUAUGU